AUGGCGGUACCGCUGCCCAAUGGCUCUUCAGGAAGUCGAGCGUCUCCCGAGCAACCGAGGCCUCCCCCCGACCCUGAAUUGAGAGGCCAGGCUUCAGGGGAGGCCAGUGCGACAAGGGUGGCGCAGGCGCGACUGUCGUCAGGGUCCCCGAGCGCCUCUGCUGAAAAGGCGCGGAGAGAAUCCAGCUCUCAGCCAUCCCCUGGCCAGGCCCCGGAACCCCUCCCCGAGGUGCUGGGGAGUGCUCAGGAGGUCAUCGAGUGGCUUGAGGCGGCCAUAGCGGCGGAGAGGGCCGAGCUCGAAGAGGAGCGCAUCGCCCUUGUUAACGAAAGGGGCCGGCUGGAGGAGGCCCGCAAGCUCCUAGAGACCCGUAUGGCCAUGGCCCGCACGGCUUACGAGAGGUCCCUGCAGGAGCUGACCACGGAGCGGGAGGCCUUGGAGGAGGUGCACGAGGAGGCCGUUGCCACACAGAAGGAGGCCAAACGCUUGGGGCAGCUCGCGGAGAAGUGCGACCAGGCGUCGAAGGAGCGCGCCGGCGAGAUGGCCACUCGUGAGGAGCAGCUUGCUUUGCGCGAGCAGGAGGUUGCCUUACGGGAGGAGGCUGUCGGCAAGAGGGAGGUAGCCUCGUUAUCCACCAAGACGGACCUCCGCCGCCAAGCCCAAGAUCAUAGACACGGCCACACCGACGUUCUCCGCCGGGAGGAGCAGGUUGCGCUGCGUGAGAUGGACGCCGACCUGGUGUCGUCAGCGCUCGCCGCCUGGGAGGAGAGCCUUGCCAACCAGGAGGCACGCGUGACUGCCCGAGAGCAAGCCAUUGAGGCUCGGGUCAUGCAAUUAGAGCAGGCCCACACCGAGGUGGCUGCCCAACACCAGGAGGCACGGGCCACGAAGGACAUCCCUGCCAGCAACAAGGGUCUUGAAGCUCAGCUGAAGAAAGCCGAGGAGGAUCUUAAUGCCGUCCGCGAAGAGCGAACGCAUGUUAAGGCGAUGAUGCAGGACGUCUUCCAGCAGGCACGGGGCUCCGUGGAGGUGGUCGGGCUCGGGUCCGUGACGGUGGGUUCCCAAGGGCUGGACAUGCUAGGUCAUCCUGCCCUUGGGUUCUCGGAGAUCGCUCGGCGACUCGAGGCUCUCCCUGCCACGGUCUAG